AUGGCAGAUGCCGAGGAUAUUCAACCACUUGUUUGCGACAAUGGAACUGGAAUGGUCAAGGCUGGAUUCGCUGGAGAUGAUGCUCCACGAGCUGUGUUUCCGAGUAUUGUUGGUCGUCCUCGUCACACUGGUGUGAUGGUUGGCAUGGGCCAGAAAGAUGCAUAUGUUGGUGAUGAGGCUCAGUCCAAGAGAGGUAUCUUGACUUUGAAAUAUCCAAUUGAGCACGGUAUUGUGAGCAACUGGGAUGACAUGGAAAAGAUCUGGCAUCAUACCUUUUACAAUGAGCUUCGUGUUGCUCCAGAAGAGCACCCAGUGCUCUUAACUGAGGCUCCUCUGAAUCCCAAGGCAAAUCGUGAGAAGAUGACUCAGAUCAUGUUUGAGACCUUCAAUACUCCUGCUAUGUAUGUCGCCAUUCAGGCUGUUUUGUCCUUGUAUGCCAGUGGUCGUACAACUGGAAUUGUGUUGGACUCUGGUGAUGGUGUCAGCCAUACAGUUCCCAUAUACGAGGGGUAUGCCCUUCCACAUGCCAUCCUCCGUCUUGACUUGGCUGGUCGUGAUCUCACUGAUUCCUUGAUGAAGAUUCUCACUGAGCGUGGUUAUUCUUUCACAACCACAGCCGAACGGGAAAUUGUGAGGGACAUGAAGGAAAAGUUAGCUUACAUUGCUCUUGACUAUGAGCAGGAACUAGAGACAUCCAAAACCAGCUCAGCAGUUGAGAAGAGCUAUGAGUUGCCUGAUGGGCAGGUCAUCACCAUUGGUGCUGAGAGAUUCCGUUGCCCAGAGGUCCUCUUCCAACCAUCAAUGAUCGGAAUGGAAGCUGCAGGCAUCCAUGAGACCACAUACAACUCCAUCAUGAAGUGUGAUGUCGAUAUCAGGAAAGACUUGUAUGGUAACAUCGUUCUCAGUGGUGGUUCAACUAUGUUCCCAGGAAUUGCUGACAGAAUGAGUAAGGAAAUCUCUGCACUAGCCCCAAGCAGCAUGAAAAUCAAGGUGGUCGCACCACCAGAAAGGAAAUACAGUGUCUGGAUUGGCGGCUCUAUCUUGGCAUCCCUUAGCACCUUCCAGCAGAUGUGGAUUGCAAAGGCUGAGUACGACGAGUCUGGGCCGUCAAUCGUGCAUCGGAAAUGCUUCUAA